GGCGGCCGUUCCGCGCCGGCGCGGUCAUGGCGGCGGCCGAGGCGUGCGUGGGGCAGGUGGUGCUGCCCGGGGACGUGCUGCUCCUGCCCGCCCACCCCGAUGAGGACGGGGAGCGGCUGCGGCUGGGCGGCGGUGCGGCCCCGCGGGGCCGGCUGCUGUGCGGGCCGGGGCUGCGGCGGUGCGCGGCGGGGCUGCUGGUGACCAAGUGCGGGCUGCUGAGGCACCGCCAGACGGGCGGCGGCGCGGCGGCGGGCGGCGCCUACUGGGUGGACUCGCAGCAGAAGCGGUAUGUUCCGGUCAAGGGCGACCACGUCAUAGGAGUGGUGACGGCCAAGGCGGGAGACGUGUUCAAGCUGGACGUCGGUGGGAGCGAGCAGGCAUCGCUGUCCUACUUGGCCUUUGAAGGCGCCACGAAGAGGAACAGGCCCAACGUGCAGGUGGGAGAUCUUAUUUAUGGUCAGUUCCUUGUAGCAAAUAAAGACAUGGAACCAGAGAUGGUCUGUAUAGACAGCAGUGGAAGAUCAAAUGGAAUGGGAAUAAUUGGACAAGAUGGCUUCCUCAUUAAAGUUUCCUUAGGUUUAAUAAGAAAACUCUUGGCUCCCAAAAGUGAAAUAAUUCAGGAGUUGUCACAAUUGUACCCAUUUGAGCUGGUGCUGGGAAUGAAUGGAAGAAUAUGGGUAAAAGCAAAAACAGUUCAACAGACUUUAAUUAUAGUAAAUAUUUUGGAAGCCUGUGAGUAUAUGACUGCAGAGCAGAGAAAACAAGCGCUUGCGAAAUUGUCAGGGAAUUGACAAGAGAAAACCUUGUUGCACAUUUGUUCGAGAUGGCUGUAGGAUGUUUUCGUCAUUUUUGUAUUCUGAUUUAUAUUAAAAGCCACUUUUUUAAAUAAAGUACUAGACUUUUAUUCUUUA